GACUACUUGGGUUCCACCUUGAAGCUUGUCGAGUCAUCGGCAACGCUGUUUUCAGCACCCCCGAGCUCGAUAAACGGCAACUUUCUUUUAAGUUUUAUUGUUAAACCUGAAAGAGCAGCAGGUGUGUGUAGUUGACUGGCUGUGUGCUGAUUCUUUGCUUUUUUUCGUAAUUCCCUAAUCGCUGAAAAGGUAUUGUUGACCGUGUUUGGACCCGUUAACGCUUGAGCGUUUUAUUGACUUGAAGUGAUCGAUCGAAAAUUUAAUCGCCUAACAGAAGAAAAUCAAGCGACCUUGUAAUCAAAAUAAAAUGAAGAUUUUGAUAAUCAUAUUCAUCGUUUGCAUCGGACUAAAAACUGGAGACUGUGAAAUGAAAAGAAAAAGACGCCAAAACGAGGACUACGUAUGUCCGGUGGGAAGCGGAAAUUUUGCUGACCCCAAAUCCUGCCGCAGAUUUUAUCAGUGUGUAGAAGGUACUCCAUUUCUAAGUCGCUGUCCUUCCUCUCUCUUUUUUGAUGACAUUCAAAAACUCUGCACCUUUAAAAAUGAAGCUGUCUGCGGUCCAGUUGCUACAACUCCAGCCCCAAUAGUCGUCGAUGAAGUAGAUAAAGCUCUUAAAUGUGAUAGCGCUAAAUGCCAAUUACCAAACUGCUUCUGUUCAAGAGACGGGACACUUAUACCUGGUGGAUUAAACCCUAAAGAAAUUCCGCAAAUGGUGUUGAUAAGCAUGAGUGACACGGUAAACGCCAAUAACUAUGGUGAUUUCCACAAGGUUUUUGAAGGACGCACGAAUACAAAUGGAUGUCCCAUUUUAGGAACUUUUUUCGUAGCGCACGAAUUUACGAAUUAUCAAAAUGUUCAGCAGCUGCACCACGAAGGACACGAAAUCGCAACAUACAGUAUUAGCCACAGGAAAAAUUUUGACGAUUUGUCGUAUGAAGAAUGGGUCCAAGAACAAAUUGGAAUGAGAGAGAUAUUGCAGAAUUUCGCGAAUGUUUCGAAACUUGAUGUAUUUGGAAUGAGGAGUCCCCAUUUAAAACCAGGCUGGAAUACGCAAUACGAAGUUUUGGUUGACUACGGAUAUGUGUGGGACUCAUCCGCUGCUGUGCCACCAUUGAAAGUCCCAGUCUGGCCAUAUACAUUGGAUUAUGCAAUUCCACAUGAAUGUCGAUCUGGAACAUGCCCAACUCGUUCAUUUCCUGGAAUAUGGGAAUUUCCUCUUAACUCUCACUACGUCAACUCUUUUGACGGCGGAUACUGUCCUUUUAUGGACCAGUGCGUACUUCACAAUAUGGACGAAAAUGAUGUUUUGGCUUGGCUGAAGGAAGACUUUGCCCGGUAUUACGACGGGAAUCGAGCACCGUACCUCAUGUCUUUCCAUACAUCAUGGUUUCAACAGAAAUCGCUUGUCCGGGGGCUUCAACUUUUUAUGGAUUACCUGACUCUUACGCCGGACGUGUGGUUUGUGACUCAUACUCAAGCAUUAUUUUGGAUAACAGAACCAAAAACAAUCAAAGAGAUGUCGAGUGUUUAUCAACCUUGGGAUUGUAAGGAAAGAGUUGUGCCUCCGCAACCUUGCAAUUUACCCAGCAGUUGUCCUCUGUCCUUCAAAGGAGCAAAUGUCACAGAAACAAGAUACAUGGCAACGUGUUUUUCAUGUCCGAGAGUUUAUCCUUGGCUAGGAGACGCAAGGGGAGCUGGACUAUCAGUGAAAGACGUUUACAAAUCGGAAAACCCUAGUCUUUAGAAAGGAUCCCGAAGGAAGAUGAAAAAAAAAAAUUAAGACUUUAAGAGAAUGAACAGUCAUGCAAAAUAAUGUAUUAUUGCAUGAACAAUUUUAGUAAAUACACUUUCAACACUACCAGA